AUGCCCCAGGAGAAGCGCGCACGUCCGGAGGCCGGCGGCACGCCCCCCAAGCAGCAGCAGCAGAGCAAGCCCGCGCCUCGCGCGGCGGUGGCCGCCAUGCCGGUGGUCGGCGACCUGCUCGAGGCCAUCUACGCCGAGGGCUGCUGGGUGCCCGCGCGCGCCAUCGGCGUGCGCUCGCGGCAGGUGCACGUCGAGUUCGAGCUCCCCGAGCCGGAGCCGCCGCGUGCGCUGCUCGAGGCCGCGCACUACUUUUGCGAAGAGGACGACACGCCGAAGGAGGUCUCUCGCCGCUUUGGCGUCCCGGUGGCCGCCGUCCUGGCGCUCAACGCCUCGCGGCUCGAGGGACUGGUGAGCACGUCGCGCCUGCGGCGGCGCACCAUCCUCGCGCUGCCGCUCGUCCACGCCGUCGCGGAGAACGAGACGCCGCGCGCCGCCGCCGCCGCGCUCGGCCUCGAGUGUGACAGCCUGGUCGCGGCCAACGGCGUGCUCGACGCCGAGCUCGGGCCGCUCGGGCCGGCGACGCGGCUCCCGGCAGACACGCAGCUGCUGCUGCCGGCGGGCGCGCCCCCGCCGCAGUACAGCGCGCGGCAGAUGCCGCUCCUCGCCUCGCGCGUCGAGCUGGCGGGCUGGUGCGCCGGCGAGGGCUGGAGGGUGGCCGAGGUGCGGAGGCUGCUCGGCGGGGCUCGGUUCGUGGCGGUGGCGGCCGAGGAGGCGAAGGAGGAGGAGCUGCGGCUGCGGGACGAGGGCAAGACCUGGCGGUGGCCCGACGGCGCGAGGCCGCGAGGCGGCGGCGAGAGGGCGAGGUCGGGCGGCGAGGGGAGGGCUGCGGCGGUCGGGGAGGUCGUGGACGUAGAGGUGGAGGAGGGGGGGGCGACGCGGUGGCGGGCGGCGGAGGUGCGCGAGCUGCUGGGCGAGGGCCGCUUCCGCGUCUGCGUCGACGGCGACGAGGACUUCGUCGAGGAGUACGGACCCGACGAGGAGGGGAGCGAGUGGCGCUGGCCGCCGCAAGGCCGCAGCCGCGCCACCGAGUGGGUCGCGGCGGGCUUCACGAGGCCGCGGCCGCCGCGCGCGCCCACCAACUUCCUGGCGGCCGCGGCGGGCGGCGGCACCGUCCAGGUGCUGCAGGACGGCGGCUGGUGGCAGGCGGCCAUCGCAGACGGCCGACUCCUCCUCGGCCAUCAGCAGCGGCGAUCGCAGACGACAAGCUGCUCCUCGGCCCACCGCCGGCCACCGGCUCUGGGCCCGGGGGGGAGGGCGGCGGAGCAGCUCUCGCCGAGGGGGAAGCCGCGGAGGAAGGGCGAGGGGGUGCAGCUGUGGUGGGAGGACGCAUGGUGGGAGGCGACGCUGCUCGAGGAGCUUGCCCUGCAGGGCGACAGGGAGGGGCAGGGCGAGCGGGCCGAGCCGCCGGCGCGGGCAAGGGUGCGGUUGCGCGGCGCGGCUGCGCUGGUGGGUGCGCCGCAGAGCGUGGUGUGCGGCCAGCUGCGGCCCGCGUGGGAGUGGAGGCUGGUCGAGGGGGCGCAGGGCUACGGCGAGUGGGUGGCGCCGUGCAUCGCACCCGUGGGCGUGGUGGCGGCCGGCGAGCCCGACGGCGGCAUCCCGCCGCCCUGAGCUCUUUCGAGCUGGAGCUCUUGCGGCCGCACGGGGCCCCGAGCUCGCUCCCCAUGCCCAUCCGCCAUCGCGUCGCGUACCGGAAAGGAAAUCGCUUUAUCGUCGAGAGCUCUUGUUAUUUUCGAGAGGACGACGCGACCCCACGCCGCACAAGUCCCAACGUCCCACCGCACACACACAAGACACAAUGUGUCGACUGUCCGGUGUCAGCGCGGGACAACGGUCCGAAGUCGUCGCUCUCUUGUCUCUAGAGCGAGUCUCUUACUAGAAGAUUCUGCGCCACAUCACACGUCUUCUUACGCGUGUGUCACGCGACGACGGGGCUCUCCGCCAUGACGGCUAGCUCUCGCUCCAUCUCUUCGAUCAAGUCAUCCUUGCUCAGCCGCAGGUCUACCGCCUUUUGCCAGACAUCCUCCUCUCUUGCCGUAGUGGCGAGCUCUCGCUUAGUCGCCGUGAUGAAAUCCUGGCGUGUCGGCUCGUUUGGCGCUGGCCAGGCGUUCUCCCUCAAAGGUCGGGCCUUACGCUUUGCUGGCGAAGGCGAACACAGCGAGGAAUAGAAGGCGAGAGCCUCGUCAGCUUCCAGCUCCAGCGGCGGUGUGCCCAAAGAAUGCAUGACCGAUUCUGGCCAUGCGAACUGUGUCGCCUGUGGCGCGGCGAGAAACCACCUCGCCAGUUCUGGUGUCAUGAGGCAGCGUGAUUGCAGGUUGGCCACAAUGUGGGACAGCGCCUUGGCGUCGAACGCCUUGCUGUUCACAAAAUGUUGUUCGGCUCGACAUAAGACCUGUUCGGCUCGACAUAAGGCCUGGUCGAUCUCGUGCACUCUCGCUGGAUUGGCUGCCAUGCAAAACGCACGACGCGUCAGGAUC